AUGCCUAGUGGAGCCCUCGCCUAUGACGCGAGACAGCUUCGUCGCCAGCGGAGCAUGAGGCAUCGAGAAUUCGGUCUCUAUGCCUCGCCAAUCCCGGAUCAUGCCCAGCCAAUGCCACUGCUCAUCUCAUCGUGGGCGACUCCCGAUGCUGUAUCAGAAUUCCAGGCUGAUUUGCCCGCGAUUGCCUCGCUCAUAAUGCAAGGCCGCGACCAAGAGGAGGCUCAGGAGACGACCGCCGGUAGCGAUAUUGUUAGCGACGGUAGCCGUACCACCACUCCGACCACCAGUACCAGCAUUCUUUCCACUUCGUACUGCGACGGCGGCCCGGUCAAGACGAGUCCGCCUGCGGCGCUGCUACCACCUGCUAUCAUUACGAGCUGCACGUCAUCUAUCAAGAAGAGAGGUGCGCGGCCGAGAAGCCGGAGCUUUACGGAUAAUUGGAUCAGGAGGAAGGACGUGAGCAGCGAUAAUAAUAUCGCUAAUCAAAGGGACGGGCCUAGAAUAUCGCCGCGCGAGGCCGAAGCGACCGCCUCAACCGCCGGACACGCUCGAAACAUUGCCAUCAAUGGCUGGUCUCGCAAAGAAAACCACGAUGUCGGCGAGCUCUGGGCGAACUCACCGUGGAACGCUGCUUCCCCGCAACCUGGGAUUGGACUGGAAGAUGCCGGGUCGAAAUCAAUCAUGCGGCAUGGCCGAGCCAGGGAAUGGCGCGGAGAUGACCCAGGCUCGCGAGAAAUAGUUUGCACCACCCAAGUGGAGUCUAGCGCGACGACUUCCAAGUCGCCCACCCUUGACGAUCCCGGGAAUGGGGGCGUGUCUCCGCCGCGGCCCCCUGUCCUCGCUCCAGCCCCUCAGAGGGCCCAAUUUGCGGCAUGGGCAAAAUUUUCGGGCUCGCUCGACGAGCGUCAAUUGUCCGCGCUGGCGGACAAGCAUUCCAGCCUCGAUCUCGCGGUCAGCCGGGCGGCGGAGAAGGUCUUGUCUUCUGCACGACAGUCCGGACAAGACGCCGCAGCCUCUCGCUACCAUCAGCAGCAGCAGCAGCAGCAGCAGGAGGAGAAGGAGGCGGCUUCUGCUGGCUGGAAAGAAGGCGCCUCUGGCGGCGCAGGAGGGGCUCCGUUUGGCUUGUCGACCACCAAUCCGCCCGCGUGGUGCUUCUCGCACGGUGGACGCACGGUCGCUAGGGACCCUUCUGGAACGCCGUCCAUCUGCACGACUCCUCCAGCACAGGCAGCAGUGCAACUCCAUCCCAUCGACCCCGACUUCCAUCACCCUGACCCCGAGCUCUUCGUCCUUGUCCUUUGCAUCGUCUCCCAACAAGCAGCAUUGGCUUCGUCGCUCCAGGUCCCAAUCGCAAACUCGACAACCGCUAGAACAUCCACCUUUGAGGGUCCCAAUCACCCCAGUCACGACUCCCCUAAACACACCCGCAACAAUAACAGCCUUUCAAACCCGACACCUCUUUUCCGACCGACCCCUACCUACGGCCGAACAUUGGACAGCAACAACACCAGUAUCGUCACAAAUUUUACCCGAGAACCCAUUCCCUGGCUCGGAGACGGCGAACCACGAGCAAGCGUCAGAUCGCAGCGCACGCUCUCGACAACGCAUGCCGCCUCCUUUGCGGAACGAAGCAGCCGAGUCACCAAGGGCAGUUCAAUCACCUCAAUGUACGCCAAUCUCGACGAUGAGCCCAGCGUGGAAGACGUCAUGGUCUUGUACGAGCAGGGCUUCAACGAUGACACGGAACCUGAACUCGACCCUACGGAUAAUGGCCAUGCCGCCGGCGCCAAUGAUGUUUUCCCGUCGGUUGCGGACACUCGUCCCGACACCACAAUGUCUACUUAUAGCCUGAGGGCGGCCGCCGCACCAGCUGUCGUAGCCAACCCUGUUCAGUCUCCCCUCUCACCAAACUACCCGCCCUCGCUCAACUCCCCCACAUCACAACCCGACGACGACGCCCUCCCCAUAUUUGAGGCUAGGCCCGUGCCUGCUUCGGAGCUUGAUAUCUCGGAAGACUUCCCAGCGCCUAUGGCGCCACGCGCCCCUGCCGGACUCUCCCUGAAGGAAUCAGUCCAGGCCUUCCCCCAACCGGUUUCGGCUCCUCCCGUCGAGGAGGACCCCGAAUCAAGGGAUCGAUAUGGUUUCAAGAAGGUGAAUCAGUACAUCACCCGAGAGCAGUACGAUGAGUGGAACGGCGAAUACAGCCAAUAUUUGGCACGUCGGCGGACAAAAUGGGUGCAGUACAUGAAGGAGAGCGGCCUCGGUACGGACAAUCCCCUUAGGUUCCCCAUCGCCGGGGUCAAGACCAAGAGGUUUAUUCGCAAGGGCAUCCCCCAGAAUGGCGUGCUGGUCAAACAAAAGGCGAAGGACUUGGACGCCGACAUUAUUGAGCGGGAUCUCCACCGCACUUUCCCGGACAACAUCCGCUUCAGGCCUCCUGGCACCUCGACGGUAACGGGCGAGACUCCCGACCCCAACAACCCGGACGACACGGAGCCCGCCAUGAUUUCCUCCCUGCGCCGCGUGCUGCACGCAUUUUCAAUCUACAACCCCAAGAUUGGAUAUUGCCAAAGUCUCAACUUCAUUGCAGGCCUGCUUCUUCUCUUUGUCCCAACAGAAGAGCAGUGUUUCUGGCUCCUCAAUGUUAUCACGCGGACCUUCCUCCCUGGCACUCAUGAGACCAAUCUCCAUGGCUCCAAGGUUGACCUUGGUGUCCUCAUGACAGUUCUGCAUGACUCGAUGCCCGACCUCUGGUCCAAGCUCGCGGGCGAUGAUGGCCUCGAUCCCUUCGGCAACCUAGCGCGCCCAGGAACGGGCAAGUCGGUCAAGAAGCCUCGGGUUCGACGUGGCCAGCAUGUCGUGGCUAACUCGGACCGACUCGCCCCCAUCACGGUGAGCAUGGCUCCAUGGUUCAUGAGCUGCUUCAUUGGAAACUUGCCUAUUGAGACGACACUGCGCGUUUGGGAUGUGUUUUUCUACGAGGGCUCCAAGACCAUGUUUCGCAUCGCCCUUGCCAUCUUGAAAGUGGGUGAGGAUGAGAUCAAGGGUGUGGAGGACCCGAUGGAGAUGUUCUCUGUCGUCCAGACAAUGCCCCGCCGCAUGCUUGACGCUAAUCAGUUGAUGAGCACGUGUUUUAAGCGCCGCAACGGCUUUGGCCACUUGAGCCAGAGUACAGUCGACUCGGAACGCCGCGAGAUGAGAGAGCGCGACGAGAUAGAGCAGAGAAGGAUUGCGGCCCUGGACGGGACCGCGGUCGCCACCACUGAAAGCCCCGGCAUCGAAGAGAAGAAGCGCGGCCUCUUUGGCCGUAGGCGGAGAAGGUAUACCGAUGCCGGUGUACCAAUAUAA